UUUUUUCCCCUUCUUCAGAGGCAGCUCUGGGUCUGCUGGCUGUUUCAGUGUGAGGGCAGGCAGAGGGAGAGGCAGCCUCUGCGGAGGGAUGUAAGAUGGCAGAGCUACAAAUGCUGUUAGAGGAAGAGAUUCCGGCCGGUAAACGGGCGCUCGUGGAGAGUUACCAAAACCUGACCAGAGUAGCAGACUACUGCGAGAACAAUUAUGUCCAGGCCCAGGACAAGAGGAAAGCUCUGGAGGAGACCAAAGCCUACACCACCCAGUCCCUGGCCAGCGUAGCCUACCAGAUCAAUGCCUUAGCCAACAAUGUACUGCAGCUGCUGGACAUCCAGGCUUCGCAGCUGCGGCGCAUGGAGUCCUCCAUCAACCACAUUUCUCAGACUGUGGACAUCCACAAAGAGAAGGUUGCCAGGCGAGAGAUCGGGAUCCUGACCACCAACAAGAACACGGCAAGGACCCAUAAAAUCAUAGCGCCGGCAAAUAUGGAGCGGCCUGUCAGGUACAUCAGGAAGCCUAUUGACUACAAUGUACUGGACGAUGUUGGCCAUGGUGUGAAGUGGUUAAAAGCCAAGCAACAUGGAAACAAUCAGGCCAUUAGAGGUGGAACGCUAUCGAGGACCAAUCCACCAACGCAGAAGCCACCGAGUCCUCCCAUGUCGGGGCGUGGCACCCUCGGACGCAACACACCCUAUAAGACUCUGGAGCCAGUGAAGCCACCCACAGUUCCCAACGACUAUAUGACCAGCCCUGCACGGAUGGGUAGCCAGCACAGCCCCGGCCGCACGGCGUCGCUCAACCAGAGGCAACGCACACACAGUGGAAGCAGUGGGGGAAGCGGCAGCAGGGAGAACAGCGGCAGCAGUGGAAUUGGCAUUCCAAUCGCAGUGCCUACACCCUCCAUUCCACCGCCAGGACCAGUCCCACCCAUGUGUGCUCCCCCAGGAGUUCCUCCCCCUCCCCCUCCUCUACCUCCACCUGCUCCUCCCAUGAUGGGGCCCGGCCCCCCAGCACCUCCGCCACCACCACCACCUCCACUACCACCACCCUUAGCUGUGGCCCCUGGGCCUGGUCUGGGUCCCGCUCCAAUGUCCCAGUUUGGAACCAUCUCGCGGCAGAUUUCGCGGCACAACUCCUCCAACUCCUCUGUCUCUAUGGUUUCGGCCACUGGCACCUACCGCCGGGCACCGUCGGUCACUUCCCAGUUCUCCUUGCAGCAGCAGCAGCAGCAACUACAGCAGCAGCAGCAGCAACAACAGCAACAACAACAACAGCAACAGCAACAGCAACAGCAGCCUCACAUUAACGGAGGCACUCCUGGUUACGGCCAGAACUCAAUGUCUAUCGCUCCUCCUCCUCCCCCCAUGCCCCAGCUGACUCCACAGAUUCCUCUGACUGGCUUUGUGGCCAGGAUGCAGGAGAGCAUUGCUGAUACUCCCACUCCUCCUCCUCCGCCACCUCCAGACGACAUGCCCAUGUUUGACGACUCUCCACCGCCGCCACCUCCUCCUCCCGUGGAUUACGAGGAGGAGGACGCUGCCGUUGUUCAAUACAACGACCCCUACGCUGACGGAGACCCAAACUGGGCUCCUAAGACCUACAUUGAGAAAGUGGUGGCCAUCUACGACUACUGCCAGGACAAGGGUGACGAGUUGAGUUUCAUGGAGGGGGCGAUCAUCUACGUCAUCAAGAAGAAUGACGACGGCUGGUUUGAGGGCGUCAGCAACGGUGUCACCGGCCUGUUCCCCGGCAACUAUGUGGAGAGCAUCAUGCACUACGCUGACUGAAGAGGACGUCGCCGCCGCCGCCACCGCCGCUAACAGUACAGUCUAUUUAUUCAGUCGUAUCGUAGUCCACCUAGAGACACGCAGCAACAGUCGUGACUCGUCCUCUCGAGACGCUUAGACACAAAUGUAUGAUCCUUUUUUUUUUUUGAUAUGACAGAAUGUUCUUUCUCUAAGUGAUUGCAAAUAAAAUUAAAAUUAAUAUCUAUUUAGUUUAUUUUGGUGUUAUAUGGGCAGGGCAUUUACGGAAUAUGUAAAAACAAAGAAACAACAAAAGAGCUGGACUGCACUCACUCGCUGGAGGAUGGACAGUUCGUACAUCCUGCCUGGACAAAGAUUUGUUUGCGAAGAAAAUAAAACGUAUAAUGUGAGCUGCAGCCACUUCAAUGUAAAUUCAGUGAAUGUUAAUACAAUGUCAGUUCUCCUCAAUGCCACAAGGCCAAUUUGUGCGGAAAAACAAACGCGUGGCCUGUCCAUCAUUUUGAAAUUUAAAUACUGUUAAUGAUAAAAUACUGUAAAAAUGUCUUGGCAGCAAUUACUCCUGAAGGCUUGGCGUUAAAGCAUGCAAAAAAAAAAUUUUUUAAAGAGAUAUAAUGUAACUAAGUUUAUUGCCAUUAUGCUUCCAUUAUUUUGUAAGUGUAUUCACAACAAUUUUUUUUGUUUAAUUUCUAUUCCACUGUUGUUGUCACGGAACUUUUUGAUACAGUUCAGGAAUUCCAGAGGUGUCUCCUUAAACUUUAAAGCAACAUGAUGCAACUUUUGGGAGUGAUGUCACUGUAGCAAACACAGAAAAUGCUCAUUUGUUACCCCCUUCAUCGGCAUGGUUAAGAAUUACAUCCACUAGAGGGCAGCACAGAGUUAACUUAAUGCCUGUCAUCCUUUAAAAAGUUCUGCAGUUUAUUAAAAAUGAAAAGUUCUUUCAGCUAUUGGCUAAACUGCCCUCUACAGUUUCUGGUGGUACUGCUCUGUUCAUAAUUCCAUAAGACAUGGAAACAGAGUAUGAAGACCAGGCACCGCCAUUUUGUAUGUGUACAUUAGAAUAAUUUAAUCUUAAGCCUUUGCGUUUAAGGUAUUAAAAAGUUGCAUGGUGUUGCUUUAAAGUCGUAGAAGUGAAAUUGAAUUUUCUCUGGUUUGCGAUUUUUUAUUUUUUUUUUUUAAAUCAAGAACACACAUUUCUCCCCUUUCCUUCUACAUCUUAUUUUGAAAAUUCUGUCACAUCACUGUCAUUGAUGCUAAUCAGAAAAACGUCAGUUGGAUCAUGUUGGUACCUGGUGGUGCAGUGACAAAAGCUGGAUUUUACCGUACAAAACACUGCCAUGCGACAAUUCAGACGUUAACACAGUCGACCAGUACACAACUCUAAUACCUCCUGAAUCUCCGCAAAGCAAACGACAACCUGGUCCGAGCUCGAGGACUGCGUUGAGCGAUUUGAAACAUUAAAUCCUCUGGGCUGCACAUAUUUAACUCCAAUCAUUAGCUUUCACUCAGGUCUCCAUAACAUUGUCAUCUAACGUCUUUCUUGCAGUGGUUGCAUUUCAGGAUUUUUUCGUCUUUUGUUUAGUAUUUCCAAUUAAAUAAUUAAGCAUAAAAACAAUUAGGUAUAAAUGAUUGAAAUCUAUCUCUCUGCCUGCCCUUCAUUUGUACAUAUAAAGUGUUGAUUGAGAAAUUAAUGUACAGUCUUUUAUAAUAAACAAUUCUAUGUACAACA